AUGCCCGUCCCAGCACGAGUUCAACCAGAAAAGAACAUCUGGGUCGCUGCAGGCGAUGGCGAUUUACUCAGGGUUCGAGUACGUAACUUGUCUUCGCUUACGGUAUGUCUGAUCCGGUUCCUUCCUUCAGCCACGUCGCCCAAUGCUCCAGAUGAUUUCACAUACACUCCCAUGCACGCUGCGGCAUCAUACGGCCAGCUUGAAACCCUAGCAUACCUACUCUCUCAAGGAGGAGAUGUCAACGUCACCGAUGAAGACGGGGAUACACCGCUAUAUGGCGUCGAAAAUAUCGAAACCGCACGAUGGUUAUUGGACCACGGGUCCACUUUAGACCGUCAAAAUAGUGACGGUGUCUCCCCUAUUGAACACUUACGGGAAGACUUCCCCGAAAUUGCUGCAUACUUGCAGUCGCGCCUAAAUCCUUCCUCAUGUCUGAUGCCUGAGGCGAUGUCGCCCUCGCCACCUUCUCAACAUCAGCAAAACAUCGCGACAGAGUCCCUCACGUCAUCACUCAUGCAGUCUGUUCAUGAUAUCAUGCAGCGGUCUGAAAUAGAUGGCCGGGAUCCGGAUGAGGAGCUGAGGCAAGUUGUUGGCAGAACAGUGUUAGAAGGGGUAAUAGCAGGGUAUGAAAUGACAACAGAUAGUGACGCUGGACAUCAUUCCGAAGCAGACUCACCCAAUGGAGUCAAGAGACCUCGAACGGAUGGUAGUUAUUAAUACACUAGCCGCCACCAAUGUGGAUCCAUACUAGUCCAUACUACCUCCUGGCUAUGUUGUAUGCAUAUGUACUCCUCAAAGCGAAUCACCCGAUCGGAUGAUCGUCGCAACGAUUAAACACUGAUCAUGAUCACAGUCGAUCAAAUCAGCCGUCACCCGAGGGACGUUAUCCAUAAAAAGUUACCAUUCCUCGGAGGCAACAGUUACUUCUUUAAGACAUGCCUCAUAUGUUAUGAGAACGGGAUUGGAAGUCAGGAAGCUGGUGUCCAAAAAUCCCUGGGAGUCGGAUGUCCGCAGCCGGAGUGAAGGGUGUGCGCCCAGACUCGGCACAGCCCAGCGCCAACUCGCGCCAAGUCCGUUAAUUCCUUUCGAAUUUAACCGAUCGAAACUGUUGGA